AUGCGCAAUCUAGUGAACAUACUUGUCCGUCGAGGCUACAGCUCGGCGGCACCAAAAUUUGAAGAGAUUAAAAUCCCAGUGCCUUGGGGACACAUAGCAGCAAAAUGGUGGGGACCUCAGGACAAACAGCCAGUUUUGGCCCUUCACGGUUGGCAAGAAAACUGCAACGCCUAUGACCCUUUGAUGAAGAUUCUGCCGGCGGAUUUGAGCGUUCUGGCGUUUGACAUGCCAGGCUAUGGUCAUUCCUCAAGAUUUUCUUCUCAUGGAAUUUCCCACGUACUGGAAGAAGUUACUGCGCUCCGAGCACUCAACAAACACUUUGCAUUCAAAGAUCCCAUCAAGUUCCUUCUGCAUUCAUACUCCAUCAGUACUGGAUUAAUUUACGCCGCAAAUUACCCAAAGGAUGUAGAGAGGAUGCUGGCGAUUGAUUUCAUAAAACCUUUAGCUGUGGACGGCAAAUUUCUUGCCAAUGCCGGAGGGCAGAUGCUGGACAGAUUGGUGGACAUAGAGAUGAAGAUUGAAAAGGGCAGAGAAACUACUCUUGAAAAGCACGCAGAGAUGUACAGUAAGGCCGUGAUGAACAGCCUCUCCGUUGAAAAGUCCAAGUUGCUGAUGGAACGAGGCACCGCUCUCAAUCCCGAAACCGGACUUUUCUACUUAAUUCGAGACCCCAGACACAAAAUAAACUUCUACUUUAGCUUUCCAAAUGAAGUAUUCGUAGAAAUGGCCAAGAACCUCAGAUGCAAGAUUUUAUACAUCCACGCGAAGAAGGGUACAAUUUUCGAGCACCCAAAAGUCAUCAAGGCGGUACAGGUGGAAAUUGAGAAAGCGACAGACGUCGAGUAUGGUGAAGUUGAUGGAACGCACCACGUGCACAUGGAGAAUCCGGAACUUGUCAAACCUUUUGUACUUGACUUUUUAUUUGGAAGAAAGUGUUAA